UGGCCGGCGUCUCGGCUGCUCUCCCAGCGAACUGCGCUGCUGCAAGCGAGGAGCCUUGCCGUCCGCCAUAUUGGUCCCCGCGCCGCAGCUCUUGCGUGUUUGUCCCUGCAGCGCCAACGGAGCCUGCCCUGGGCCGGCCCAGCGGAGCAGGGAGGAGCCCCCCCUUCCCGACCCCGUCUCCCGCCGCCGCUCCGCCAGCUACCCGCCAUGGCGACGAGGCCGGGCGGCCCCUGAAAGAGACCGGCCGCCGUCACCACAACGGGGAGCGAAGCAGCCCCCCUCCCGCUCCGCUCGUCGCCAGCCUUUCCCUCCGCCACAACAUGGAGGCCGUGAAAGCUUUUAACAGCGAGCUAUACUCACUGAAUGACUACAAACCUCCAAUAUCGAAGGCUAAAAUGACACAGAUUACCAAGGCAGCAAUCAAGGCUAUAAAGUUCUACAAGCAUGUUGUACAGAGUGUUGAAAAAUUCAUUCAAAAAUGUAAACCAGAAUAUAAGGUGCCUGGCCUGUAUGUCAUUGACUCCAUUGUUCGACAGUCUCGACAUCAGUUUGGGCAAGAAAAGGAUGUGUUUGCUCCUAGAUUUAGCAAUAACAUCAUUAGCACUUUCCAGAAUUUAUACCGCUGCCCUGGGGAUGACAAGAGUAAAAUUGUUAGAGUACUAAAUUUGUGGCAGAAGAAUAAUGUGUUCAAGAGUGAAAUUAUUCAGCCUCUACUAGAUAUGGCAGCAGGAAUUCCUCCUCCAGUUGUGACCCCCGUCCUGCCUGGUACAACAGCUACUAUGAGUAAUAAUACACCAGGAACUCCUGUGACACCUGCUACACCAGCCAACGUGGUGCAAAGUUUACCUGAUCCUUGGGUGUCUCAGAUAACUAAUACAGAUACCCUUGCUGCUGUAGCACAGAUCUUGCAGAGUCCACAGGGCCAACAGCUUCAGCAGUUAAUUCAGACACUGCAAAUGCAACAGCAGAAGCCGCAACCAUCACUACUUCAAGCACUGGAUGCUGGUCUUGUUGUUCAGUUACAAGCUCUCACUGCGCAACUUACAGCUGCUGCCGCUGCUGCCAACCCACUUAAUCCACUAGAACAGAGUGUCUCCUUUAACAAGAAGCUGAUGGACAGGUUUGGGGAUUUUGGGGAAGAAGCUGACAUUAAUGAAGAACCUAAAAAAGAAACUCCAACUUCCCAAUUGCCUCUUGUAUCUGAAUCUGUGAACAACUCACUUUUUCAUCAGCUAGCAGAACAGUUGCAGCAACAAAACUUAGAACAUCUCCGUCAGCAGCUUCUGGAGCAGCAGCCUUCAAAGCAGGCAAGCCCUGAGGAAACCCAAGAAGGAAAUUUUGGGUCUGAGCAUUCGGCAUCACCCUCGCAAGACAGUAGCCACCAGCCAUUUUUAGAAGUGGAAACAAAUCUUGACAAUUCAAUAGAUGUUCAACAACAGGACAUGGAUAUAGAUGAAGGGCAAGAGGCUGUUGAACAGGAAGUCUUUGAACAAGAAGAAAAGAAAUCGGCAGUUCUUUCAAGAUCAAGAACACGUUCAAGAUCUCGUUCAAGAUCUCCAAGAAAAAGAAGGUCCAGAUCACGAUCUGGUUCUCGCAAGCGUAAGCAUAGAAAACGUUCGCGUUCUAGAUCAAGAGAAAGAAAGAGGAAGUCCUCAAGGUCAUACUCCAGUGAAAGGAGAGCUAGAGAAAGAGAAAAAGAACGACAGAAGAAAGGGUUGCCUCCUAUACGAUCCAAAACACUAAGUGUGUGCAGUACCACGCUUUGGGUUGGGCAGGUGGACAAGAAAGCCACACAACAAGAUUUAACCAAUUUAUUUGAAGAAUUUGGACAAAUAGAAUCUAUAAAUAUGAUCCCUCCCAGAGGUUGUGCAUAUGUCUGCAUGGUCCAUAGACAAGAUUCCUACCGUGCUCUUCAGAAGCUAAGCUCUGGAUCCUACAAGAUUGGAUCUAAAAUUAUUAAGAUUGCAUGGGCUUUAAAUAAAGGUGUGAAAACUGAAUACAAACAAUUCUGGGAUGCGGAUCUUGGCGUUUCAUAUAUACCUUGGGAAAAAGUUAAAUUGGAUGAUUUAGAUGGCUUUGCAGAAGGAGGCAUGAUUGACCAGGAGACAGUAAAUAGUGAAUGGGAAACUGCAAGAAGCUCAGCAGAGCCUGUGAAAGAACCUGUGCCCACAACCCAGAGUGCAACAGUUGACAAGACCACAGCUGUCACCACACAAACAGAGACAUACACUCAGUCUGUCACUAUGCUACAGAUUCCUGUAGCUUCAGCUGUGCCAGCAGUUAGUUUAGUUCCACCAUCAUUUCCUGUUACAAUGUCUGUCCCGCCUCCUGGCUAUAGUGCAAUUCCUCCACCUCCCUUCUUGAGAGCAAGUUUCAAUCCUUCACAACCACCUCCUGGUUAUAUGCCACCUCCUGUUCCACCUCCUGUUGUUCCACCAGUUGUCCCAACACCACUUGUACAGCCUUCACUACCAAUUACUCAAGAGUCAAUGAAAGAUGUUCCUUUUAGCAGCCUUGUUCUACCAGUUGGCACUGUUUCAAGCAGCCUUACCACCCCAACAUUAUCUGCUAGAAGUAUUUUUACUUCCCUUUCAAGUAACAAGUCAGAAAUUGAUGAAAAAGGAUCCCACGUUACAGAUCUUCAGAUUUCAUCUAGUGAAAACAGAACUGUUCAAGAUGAUGUUUCAAGCAGCUCUGGACUUAUUGGAGGAGUGCAGCCACCCAGUAUCUCAACCACUUCUGGACUUCUAGGGGGAGUGCAACCACCCAGUGUCUCAAGCAGCUCUGGGCUUGUUCAGCCGCCCAGUGUCUCGAGCAGCUCUGGUCUUUUGACAAGAGUUCAGCCACCUAGUGUCUCAAGCAGCUCUGGGCUUCUGACGGGACUCCAGCCCAUGACUGUGUCAAGCAGUUCCAACCUUCUAAUGGGACUUCAGCCACCCAUAGUGUCAAGUAGCUCUGGGCUUUUGACAGGAGUCCAGCCACCCAUAGUGUCAAGUAGUUCUGGGCUUUUGACGGCACUCCAGCCACCCAUUGUAUCAAGCAACUCGGGGAUUCUGGGAUUACCACCACCAAUUGUCUCAAGUAGUUCUGGACUGUUAGGUGUGCCGCCACCAAAUAUUUCAAGUGGUUCUGGACUUCUAGGACUGCAGCUACCCACUGGGAUUCAAAAUGUUCCCCAUUUAACUCUUGCUGGUCAAAGGUUGCCUGGAAUGCCUCUAGUAGACAUGCGCCCAGGACUAAUGCCACAGCCACCUGGGCCAAGAUUUCCACUACUACAGCCGGGAAUGCCACCACAGCGUAGUAUUCCUCCUCCAGCAAUCCUUGACCCAUCCCUUCCUCCACCUAGAGCUCCUUUUCUUCCAGGAGAUCUUUUUAAUCAACCAGAGAGGCCUUUUGGAAUUUCUGGGAGGCAAGGUGUUGAUAGCAUUUCUAAUCCAGAUAAAAGGUUGCCCCUUGGAGAUGACAGCAUUCAGCAGGAAGGGGACAGAGAUUAUCGCUUUCCUCCAGUAGAAAAUAGGGAGACUGUUAAUAGGCCCUCUUCAGUGGAUAUUAGGGAUUCUGUUGGAAGGCCGCCACUAGAUCCAAGAGAGGGUCUAGGAAGACCUCCAGCUGAUGGAAGAGAACAUUUUGCCAGGUCACAUAUGGAUUUAAGAGAGAAUUUUGGAAGACCUGGUAUGGAUAACCUUGGUCGAAGAGACCAUUUUGCUUUCAAUUCAGAUAAGCACUGGGGACAAAGAGGAGAUUAUGAUGAAAGAGAGCAUCAUGCUUUCCCUCCAUAUGGUGGUCUUAAAGGGUUCCAGGAAGAUCGAGAGCGGUAUCGACAAACAAACUACAGAUUUGAAACACGAAGUGGUCCUAGCUGGAAUAGAGGACUGGAACAAGAUACCCAUAGAGACUUUGAUGACCGUCGUAGACCUUGGGAAAGACAGAGGGACAGAGAUGACAGAGAUUUUAAUUUUGGCAGAGAAAUUAAUGGGAACAGAUUUGGCAGAGAGAGAAUACAGAACAACUGGAUACCCCCUCCACACCCAAGAGCAUUUGAGUAUUUUGAAGGGGGCACUUCUCAACAAAAAGCUGACAGUGCACCGCAAGUUAAUGGUGAAAAUGCAGAGACAGAGAGUCAGCCAGCUGCUGUGCAAGUAGAAGAUGAGCCGGAACUUUAUGAAAAGCUGACAACUUCACGUGACAUAAAAAAAGAGAAGAGUGACACAGAAGCUGAAUUAGAAAAUGAACCAGUGGUAGAAAGCACAGAAACUGAGGGGACAUAAUCAUCACUCAGUAGAUGCCGAAGCAUACCACAGGUGAGGAGACUGGAGAAGAUGAAGUAGAAGGAAAGAAGCAAGAAUAAACCAAGAAACAGUCUUGUGUGAAAGCACAACACCAGGGAUAUUUUGUGAAUCAGAUGUCUGGAUCACCCUGUGCAGAUGUUAAAUGUUGGGAUGGCUUUUAUUCACAGUCAGCCACAGCUCUCAGAUGAUCGCCUCAGGAUUGUGAAUGCUCAGGACUGGAUAGAAAAUGCAUAAGGAAGUAUAUACAGACACCAAUACAUGCAUAAAAAAAAAUCCUCCUCAGUCAUGGUGGCUAACAUCCCAAUGAAUGCUGUGCCAAUGUAACAGCACUUUCUGUCACACAGCAGGAAGGGGGCAAAUUUUAAUUAUCUUCCCUCUGCACCUGCCUGUACCUCAAACAGCCCUCAGAGACAUGGUUUCAGGAGGCACCGGAACUUGCAGAGGGAAGGGAAGAUUGUCAAAAAUUAUGCCUUACACAUUGUGUGACAGAAAAUGCUGGUGCAUUGGUGCAGCAUUCAUUUGCAUGCCAGCCAGUGUUUUCAUGUUUCAGCCUAUGGCUGUACUUCAGGUUCAUCCAAUAUACCCUCCUUGUGACCCUGGGCGAUGUAGGCACAAGCCUGGAUACUGUGAUAUGGAUACCACAUACUGGAGUGGAUGAAAAUCUUCACAUAUUUUCAACAUCUUUCUUGAAUUUCUUGGUUUUGGUUGCAGAUUAGAGUCUUGAUUGUAAUAUGUGAUGGCUAGAUUGCAGCCCCAGGCUCUAACAGAGAAAAGUGAGUCUAUUCUAGACAAAAUGAGAAACAUUGACUGAUAUGAUGAGGAAAGCUCCUCAAAGUGGCCCUAUUGAAAUGCCUAACUUGUCCUUUUAAUUUCAGUGGGACUGCUUUGAGUCAUUUCCCUCAUGACAGCCAUUAUCCCUUAAAUAAUUGCAAAGGAAAGCCUAGUCUAUAAACUACCACCCUGAUACACACUGAGGGUUAUUUGUAACUUAAUUGGGGGCACGCUUGUGUUUACUACCACAUCUGCACACUGCUGGGCACCAUGGCCAAGCGUACAUGAAUGUCUUACAUGUGUGCUUUUACAGCUUUAGGAGCUCAUCUUCAAAACCUAAUAUGUGAAGUUGACCCUACAUAUAUGUGAAAUGGGCCCUACAUGUAAGGCAAGUAAAAGAAAUGUGGCAUUUGUCAAUUAUUGUACACCCAGCCAGCAUGGUAUGGCAGCUGUAAGCAGAGGCCUAUACCACAGUAUGAUUAGUUUCCUUUGUAAUAUGAUCUGUAUAAGAAAUAGAGAAAUGUGGUAUAUUGUGUAGCCAUUGGUUAGGGAUUCACACACGUGCAAAUGUAUACUCUGUUCUUCAAAAAUGUAUAUCACUUGCUGGAAGAGAGGGAAAUUGGCAUCCUUUUGUUCUGAGCUGAGUGAAGAAAACUUUCUGCUGCCUGUUGUAGGUACCUGUAAGUUUAAGUUGUGUUUUUGUUUCAAAUUAAAAUGGUGAUGGAAAGCACAAAAUGGCAGCACCAUAAAGGAGAAAAAGCAAAAACAAAGAUGCAAGAGAGGAUUUAAUUAAAAGAAAAUGUAUCUUUAUAAUCCCAGCACAUUUCAGCUACAACACUCUUCAUCAGGGAAUACAAUACAAACUAAGGGCAGUUUCCGAUGUUGCACAGAACUUCUGUUAACACCAAUCUCCAUGUGUCCUCCCUUAACCGCAGAAAUGCCCUCCCCACUACUCACUCCCAUCCCUGCCCUCCCCACUCCCAUACCUGCAUGAGUGUCUGUUUCCUUUCUAGGUUAGGAAAAGCCAUCAGUCUCUGCUUAUUUUGGCCUACUUCUUUCUGAAAACAAAACAAAACAAGCCACUUCUACCCUCAAGUUCAAAUGAGUUUUGGAGCUCAGGUUUUCUGAAGCAAGAAGGUUAGAAUAGUUAGAAAACUGAUGGGUUCAGAUGUUGUGCCCAAUCUUGGCUUUUCCAAACCGUGAAAGGAAGUAGACACUCGUGGGUAUGGGAGGGGCAAGUGCAUGCUCCCAAGGCUAAGGACUGUCAUGUGGAACUUGGUGUCAACAGAAGUUCUGCACGACAUCUGAAGUUGCCCUAAGCAUCUCUUCAAGGAUCACAUUCAGAAAAGCUAACUUUCUGCAAAGCUAUUUAAUUUCUGCUUGGAAAAUGGGAUUAUAAAGAAUUUCAUUUUCAGUAAAUCUCAUGCACCUUGUGUGAGACUGUUUUCACAAUACAAGUACCACUUGUAUAACAGAUGCUAAACUAACCAUUUACAAACUCAGUAGGGGUGAUUAUUUGUAUACAAUGGACUGCAAACUCCAGCAAGACCACUGGAUUAAUGAUCAGAGCCUCACAGCUAGGCCUCAUCCUAGCUCUUAAGUCUAGAAUCAGAGUUUUGUGAUUGGCUUUUUCCCAGGACCAGUAAUGCCUCAUAACUAGAUGUUGUUCCAGAUCCCAAGCCCACAGACAGGAACUGCAGAGAUAGUGCUAAGCAAGCAUUACUCUUGGCAUUAUAUAUUAUUUUCUACAGCUCUCUAUGCCCAAUCUACCACAAAAUGACAGGAGGUUUAAAGAGUAUCAGACUUGGGGGGCGGGGUUUAGAAAAGCAGAUAAAGAGGUUAAAAGGUGCAUUUGGAUACAGAAUCAAACCUCGUCAUUACACAGAGUUUAUGGAGUCUUUAACAUUGCUCAUUGCCCGCAUAGGUACCCUUAGAACUUUAAACCCAAGUUUAUUUGGCUCCCUUAGAAAGGCCAUCUGAUUGCAAUAACUAAAGAUCAUGACUGACAUACUGCACAAGAGUAUGUCAGCCUAUUAAUGUUGUGUUUGCACAGUUCGCGUAAGUUGCACAAAGGCAAAUUUUGCAUUACACAAGAUUUGAAAUAAUGGGUUUGCUCUUCUGUAAUGGAGAUUGUGCAGAUACAAUAUUACUAGGCUGGCAUAUUCUUGUGCAGUGUGUCAGCCCCUCAUACCACAAAAUGUCUUGAUGUGAGACUUAAGAUAUAUUCAGCAUUUAAAUGUAUGGAUGCUUAUUUCACAAUUCCCUUUAUCUGCCUUUUUCCAUCUAAAGGGUAUAAACAAACAGGAUUCACAUUUAUUUCAGUGGGUCUCCCAUCACUGUGGGAACAAUGUGAAUCAGGUGUUCAGAGGAGUGAUGACUCGGUGUGAGCUGUGAGAUAGGGAAGUCCCCUGGGUCACAUCUCACCUCUGCAUGGAUACUCUAGGGAGCCUUAGCCAAGCCACUCUUGAGUCCCAACCCCUUGCUGAUUGGCCUUACAGAACUGGUGUAAGGAUUUCUGAAACAAUAUUUGGGAAGUGCUUUGAAGACUUAAAAUGUACUAUAGACAUGCUAGGUGGUAUUAUUUUAUCCCAGCUUUAGUGCAAUUUUAAUCAGAGUAUGUAUGUUCACGGUAUGUUCAUCUCAGUAUUUUAGUGCAAGGUAUAGGGUUGAAACAGAUUCAUAGUGCUGAAAGCAGCCCAGUAGGCUGCCUAUUCCAGAUUCGGGCUGCAAAAUCCAUUUCACUGUGUCCUGCACAGGUUGGAGAAGAUGGGCCCCUGACCUUCCGGCUGCCUUCUUCAGAGAGGCACAAGGGGAAGAGCAGAGUGAGCUGGCAGCCAGCCAGCAGGACCCCCUCCUUCAGGGUCCCAGGGACAUUUGUCCUGCCUUGUUCAAUUGUAGCUAUGCCCCCAGUCCUGCACGUUCCAUGUGCCAGCAGAUGCUACCCUCCAACAGCUCUUUCAGAUAGCUGGUCUUUUUUCUGCCUGCAUGCUGUGAAGUGUUGUCAUCUUUCUUUGGCUAUUACAUUUUAAAUUUUAAAUUUUAGUUCACUUUCCUUGAAGCAGGACUUCAGUUUUAAUCCCCUUAUAUUUCAGAACAAUUUAUAGUAGGCCUAGACUAGAUCCAUACCUGUUGAGAUACAAUUAAGUAGGCUUAAUUGUUUAACAAAAGAAACAUUAAAAACCCCAAAAGGUAUUUUAGUGAGUUCUUUUGACUCUAUGUACCUUUAAGAAAAUACGUUAUACAUUAAAAUACUUCUAUAUCUCAUCUGCUUUCUUUUUACGUUUGAAACUGUAUUCUUGAUUUCUGUAAAAUAUCUGUAUGAUAGAUGAUGCAUUAAAUAAAGUUUUAAUUGCGUAUGCUA